GCCACAGAACUUGACGCGUGUGUAGUUUCAACACAAUUAACACCAUUUCACGUUUUAAAUUGUGUUGUGAUGUAAAAAUUCAAGUGGACAGUGAGAAAAAUGAUGUUUUUAAGUAUUGUGCUUGGGAACUAAAGUGGAGUUGUGGACGGAAUAUGGUUAAACACCAAUAAAACAUGGCCUGGAUUCUACGUUGUAUUCUUUGGGUUUCACUGUUUCAGAUAACAACACAAUAUGCCCCUGCGUUAGCGGAGGGCAGGUCCGUGCGAGAGGGCGAGAGGGCCGCCAACCAGAAGUCCAACGGUUCGUACAAAAUACUGAAUAGACUUGUGAAGCCCUUUGUCAGUAAACGAGUGGACGACAAGGUUGUGUUCCCUGGAGAGUACGAGAAGUCGAAACCCCUGGCGUUUGAAAAGCCGCUAAUUCCCGAGGAAUGCAAGGAAGUAGGAAUUUGCGAAGACAUCCCCAAUUAUCCGGAAUACCUUGUUAAAACUUUGAUUCAUGACCUAAUGAGACAGAACAGAACGAGGUUCAACAAGGAUAUGUUGGAUGUGCCACAAAUAGCUCAAAGAAUAGGUCCUGAGGACGACUACGUUGAACUCUGCGAGACCGAAGAGAGGAUAUAUGCGCCGAGAGCAGCUCAGGAUACUAAUAUGGAGUGGCACGUGAUAGUUAAUGAUAAGAAGCAGCCUCAGCAAACGUUCCGUGUGGAAAUAUGCAAGGCCAAAGAAUCACCGUGCUCGGCGAUAGCGUACUUCCAAAAUGGAUAUAAAGCUAAAUGCGUCCAAAAAUAUAUGUUAAGAAAUAUGUUAGCUGUCACCGAACAGAAAGUAGUGGUCGAAAAGCCCUUCCAAGUCCCCAGCUGUUGUUCCUGUGUCGCCAGACAGACGUGAUGUUGGCAACCGUCUGCGGGCUCCUGCUCGAAAAACGGGCAUUGUAUCAUACUGUAUCAUAAUAAACAACGAUAAGAAAUAA